UCUUUCAUUUUUUUUGCAGCUGUGCUAGCCCUCGCUCAAAUGUCAUUAGGCUGUGAAACCGUCCCAUCAGAUUGGACACAUGCUAGCCGAAGAGGAAUUGUGCCAGGAGCGGCUCAGACCCCAGUGGUGAGUCAGAACCUGGUGACGGACGACGUGUGGGUGGUAGAGGGCGAGAUGGCCACCAUCAGCUGCCGCGUCAAGGACAGCGACGACUCGGUCAUCCAGCUCCUCAACCCCAACCGACAGACCAUCUACUUCAGGGACAUGAGACCCCUGAAAGAUGCGCGCUUCCAGCUGGUGAACUUCUCGGAGAAUGAGCUGCGGGUGUCGCUGUCCAACGUGUCUCUGUCUGACGAGGGCCGCUACGUGUGCCAGCUGUACACAGACCCCCCGCAGGAAGCCUACGCCGACAUCACCGUGCUGGUUCCUCCGGGUAACCCCAUCAUCGAGGCCCGGGAUGAGGUCCUGCGCGAGGGCAACGAGACGGAGAUGACGUGCACAGCCAUGGGAAGCAAGCCCGCCGCCACCAUCAAGUGGAUGAAGGGUGACAAAGAGCUGCCAGGCAAGCCCAAAGUGGAGCUCGCCUAUGACAAGAUGUACACGGUAACCAGCCGGCUAGCGUUCACCGUCAGCAAGGAGGACGACGGCGUGCCUGUGGCGUGCAUCGUCGAUCAUCCCGCGGUCAAGGACUUCCAAGCAAAAAAAUACCUGGAGGUGCAAUACAAACCUGAGGUGAAGAUAGUGGUGGAGUUUCCCCAGGGCCUGACGAGGGAGGGGGAGAACCUGGAGCUAACCUGCCAAGCUAAAGGCAAACCCCAGCCGCAGAAGGUGAACUGGGUGAAGGUGGACGACGAGUUCCCGUCCCACGCCGUCAUCACCGGCGGCGACCUGUACAUCGAGAACCUCAACAAGUCGUACAACGGAACGUACCGCUGCGUGGCCACCAACACGGUGGGCGAGGCCUACGAAGACUACGUCCUCUACGUCUACGAUGCCCCCACCACCACCCCUUUACCCACCACCACCACCACCUCCACCACCCCCGCCUCCACCACCUCCGCCGCCAUCAUCUCCCACUCCCACGGCCCUCAAGACUCCGCGCCCAGCACUGAACCCGCAGCACAUGAUUCCAGAGCUGGCGAGGGAUCUCCGAGAACGGUGGACCACGCCGUGAUCGGCGGCGUGGUGGCGGUGGUGGUGUUCGCCAUGCUCUGUCUACUCAUCGUGCUCGGACGCUACUUUGCGAGACACAAAGGUACCUACUUCACACAUGAGGCCAAGGGCGCGGACGACGCCGCGGACGCUGACACGGCCAUCAUCAAUGCCGAGGGCGGCCACACCAACUCGGACGAGAAGAAGGAGUACUACAUCUAGAGGAGGGCCCCUUCUCGCCCGACGGCGGCCCUGCCCGGGCCCUGGGUGGGACCCGGGCGAAGGGUG